UUUUUUGAUCCAAAGUCCCAAAUAAUUCAUAUCAUCAUCACCUUCUUCCCCCAUUCUUUAUGUUUUCCCAAAUACGCAAAUAAAACUAAACUAUUCAAAAAAAAUUAUUCCACUAAAGUCAAUAACUUUAUUAAGAAAUCUUAUUCUCAAUAACAAAUGACAAAUUAGUUUGGUGCCGAUCCAUGAGACUAUAAAGCUUUUGACAGUUCAACGUUUCAUACUUCACGCUGACAAAAAUACAUACUUCUUCCGAUCUAAUUUAUGUGGUGGUGUUCCAAUUUGAGAGUCAAGCGAACCGAGUAAUUGACAGUUUGAAGCUGCAAAAAAUUACUACCAAUUAGUUCAGCAAUUUGUUCAAGUCAAAAAACGAUGUUUGAAAAUCAAUUAAUCUCCUCCUUCUUCUUAUAUUACUACUUUUUUGUGUCUCUGUUUUUCUCCUUGCUGAUAUCCAGUGCAAAUAUUGAUACUCAGUCAUCACAUGCAUAUUGUCCUAAUUCCACCUGCAAUGGAAUUCAAAUUUCGUAUCCUUUCUGGAGACUUGACAAUUACAACGCCAGUGCUCCUCAGUAUUGUGGAUAUAAAGGAUUUGGAAUUGAUUGCUCAAAGGAUCAACCACAUCCAACUAUUUACCCUACAGGCGAUGCUUUCUACGUCAAAAAUAUAGAUUAUAAUAAUUAUUUUCUGUCUCUAGUGGACAUUGAUGCUCUUUACAACGGGCAAUGUCCUCGAGCACGUCACAACCUUACAUUGGAGAAAUUGCCGUUAAGUGAUUCCGAUUCGAAACUCAGCUUCUAUUUCAAUUGUACGGAUCCUCUACCUGGUGCUCUUCCAGCAAAAUGCUUGAAAUCAGGUGAAAACAUGACUUAUUUCUACGUUGACGGAGCUGAACCGGAAGAUUUGAAGUGGUUUGGGAUUUGUGAAGAGAAAGUAGUGGCGAGGGUGAUGGAGAGAAGAAGCUUCCAGAAAGAUAAUUGGAUUGGAGCCAUACGCGGAGGUUUCGUGCUGGACUGGCGGCACGCGGCGGAGUGCGGCCAGUGUGAAGAAUCACAUGGGCGUUGUGGUUAUAACAAUUCAACCCGCAUAUUUUUGUGCUAUUGCCACGAUGGUACCGUUAAGGUUAAUCAUUGCAAAGGUACACCCAAAAACUCUUGCUGUAUUCAUAUUUUGCUCUUUAAAAUUUACCUAAUUAGUUUAAAUUCAUCCCUUUUCAUUUUUUCUACUUAAUCAUUUUUAGUUAAAACUUAAUUCUCUACGAUAAAUUUUUUGCCUUCUUAGAAGUAGAAUAAAAAAAAAAUUAAUUACAUACGAAGAAAAAUUAUAAUUGAAUUAUAAUUUUAAAAUUUGUCUAUUAAGUCAGUAAGUCAAGACCGUUGCAUAAAUUUAAACUCAAAAGGUCCUUUGACUGGUUGUUAGGAAGAGAGUUAUACUCCACUUAUUAUAUGUAUCAAAGAAAGUAUAGUUGGAUCACUUAUUUUUCCCAACUAGUGAUAUUUAAUUUGAUGUAUUAAAAAAAUUCAAACUGUAGUUAUUAUCCUAUCUUAUUUAAUAGGGCAAUCAGCCAAUGGUAUCAAGUUUCGUUGAGUAGCUGGAUGUUAGGAUUUGACUUUAGCAUCUCCACAUUUCUAAUUUCUACUUUGAAUUCAAAAGAAUUAUACUAAUAUAACUUUCCCUUGCCCAGUUUCGCAGCAAUUUAUUGCGUCUAAAAAUCUGAAACCAGAUUGAAUAUUCCACUAAUUGAAAGGUCCAUUAAAGAUUGGGCUAGCCCAUUUGUUUUAGAUUUCAAAAAUUGAAAUAGAUAGGGAAAUGGGAUGAAAUUGGCAAAUAGCCAAUUUAAUCAACUUUUCAAAACUAUAUUCAAAGAUUAGCCUUAUUUUAAAAUAAACACAAAAAUUUAGGUUAAAUAUUUCUAGCUAAAAUACGGGAAAAGACAGCAGACGACCUAGCGUUUGAAACUCUUACGUGUAAAAUUUCAAAAAUUUCUAGAGUUUGAAAUAUACCAUUCAAACUCCAAAAGAUAUGAAGUUUGAACAAUCUCCUUCUUCAACGCGAAUAUUGACUUUUUAAAACGAAUUUUUUAUAACAAGGCUUGAACUCUAUGAACAAUCUCCUCCUCCUCCUCCAUAUGUGUUUUCAUUUGUAAUAGUUAACACUCAUUAUCGUGGAGUUCGAAGAUAUACCAAAAGUGAAAUAAUCAAAAGUUAUAUAUUUUACUACGGGUAACAUAGACGAAAACGUUACUACGGGUAACAUAGACGAAAACGUACUUCACUCUUGGUACCUAGAAAAACAAUACUUCACUCUAAUACUGUUUCCAACAAAUUUUAAUUUAUAAAAAAUAAAAUUUAAUUACAAAUAAAAAUAUUUUCUGUGUUCGGUUUUAUUUAUUGUAAUUUGAAUUGAUAUAUCUAUUAAAAAGAAAAUUAAUAAUAUAGUUAUUUUAUCAUAAUACUCCUAUUCAAUGAUAUUUACAUUGUGUCUUGAAAUUAAUUUGAAGAAAAAAAAUAAUUAAUGCUAAGGUUAAAUGACAAGUAAAAGUAGAAAUUUAAUUAGGAAAUUAGUGACAAGUAAAAACAAAUGGCGGGAGUAUGAAGAAACAAGAAUACAAUUGAGGCGAACUUCAAGGCUUGUCAGAGUAUAGACUUUAUGAAACUUAAAGACGAAUCUUAAAAUAUCCAUAAAGCUUCUAUCUUUACAGUCUUGCGGCUAUAGAUUUGCAUAUCUGAUUUAUGAGAGACGAGAUGAAGGACAAAUUUGAUCCCACUGGACGUGUUAAUUUGUUUUCAACAGAUUUUAAUUUAUGAAAAAUAAAUUUCAACCACAAAUAAAAAUAUGAGAAAACAAGAAUUUUAUGGAUAAAGAAUAUGGAUAUAAUUUUGAUCCUCCCUUGAUUCUCCUUUCUGUAUCUCUUGAUUUUCUCCACAAUUCAAAUACCAUUUGCAGCGUAUUUCUUAAACGUAGAAUAAUUUUUCUUUAUAAAUAUAUCAUAAUUUUGUGGGAUAUUCGAACUGCCUUUUUUAGAAAAUAUUUACUUCAUUAUAUAGGCAUUUAGCCUUUAGGAUAGUCUAGCACUCUAGCUUCGGUCUAGCUUGGAAGAUACUUAAGGUAAAGUAGCUGAACUCCAAUAGAAAUUAAUUUUUUUUUUUUGGAGUCUACAAAAUUUUUUGAUGUCUGCAAAUACUACAAACUUAACAACUUCCUAGAAUUUGAACCUGUAUCACUUGAAAUUUCUGAAACAUUCCUGGAGCUUGAGCUGCACAAUUGAAAUUUAUUGUUUUGAAGUUUCACGUGUCAAAACUUUGAACUAUCAUUUUUUUCGUGCUUUAGCUAUGGGUGUUUUUGCCUUUAUAAAGUGAUUAUUUUUUAAUUAUAUAGUCCUAAAUACGAAAAUGAAUGACCUUUUUUACUCCAUGAAAUUUCUUUUUUCUGUUUUUGGCACUUUAUGUUAAGAUUUACACUCGAAUCUUAUCUUUGUGGAGAAAUUUUUGAAAUAUUGAUGACUCCAAUCUAGAGAUUAUUUGAAGCUAAAAUAGUUGUUUGGGAAACAAUUAUUUUUCUCGUUAAAAUUCUUUUUUUCUUUUCAAGAAAGAUCCGUGAAAAAUAGGGAAGAAAACCAGAAAAGGUGACAACAUUGCGUCGGAACCUUACGUUUAGGUGAUGCAGGGCGAACUGCAAUAUAGAAAAAAAGCCUUAUUUAUAGACAAAAUUCAGGUUUUUGAGUCUCGAGAGUCUAAAAUAGCCAACCCCUUUAUUAUUACUUAUUAAUCUCCUGUAAUAUUCUGACUAUCAGCCUCACAGAAGGAAAAAAAAAACUUAAUCAGGUUAAUAUAGACAUGGUCAAUAGGUGCAGUCAGCUUAUGAAAUAUGAUGUGAUUUUUAGAAUUUUAUUAUUCCAUGAGAAGAGGCAAUUCUCAUACACACGUCCUUUUCAUGUUCCAAGUGUUCACACAAGUGUGUCCACCUCUUUUCCUUUCUUUAUUUUAUCUUGAUUAAACUAGGUUCAUCAUCUAGAGCUGUUUUUAUAGCCUUGGUGGAAAGUUUCAAGGUUAUUAAAUGCAAACUUGCAAAUAAGAUUGGCGUAAAAUAUUUAUGCCUUUUGAUUCAUUUGAAAUUUCUCCUUCUAGUUGUGGACAUUUGAACCUUAUUUUCGUCCAAUAGUAAGUUGAAAAGUAAAUUUUUCUACAGUAAUCAGUGGAAAAGUCUUAUAAAACAUGAGCAGCCAUUUGUUUUUUCUUCCGUAACAAUUCUCAAGUGUGACAUCUUUUGUUAGUCAAAACUGGAUCAACUUUGACUCAAUUGAAUCAUAUAUUUUGCCACACACUUCUAAUACUUAGGUUCUCCAAUCUCCAACCAACCUAGUCUAUCAUUGAUGAGUUCUCACAAAUGUAUGCUCAAAACUUCCCUCUUCCUCUGCUCCGUUCCAUCAUCACCUUCCUAUGCUUCUUGAUCACGUCCGUGCCAUCCUAUUGCCAAGAGGAUAAACAGUAUUCCACUUGUAAUAGGUCCUACAGAUGUGGGAAUAUUCAAAAUAUCGUCUUUCCUUUCUGGGGUGGCGAUCGACCUCAAGAAUGUGGUCUUCCAGAAUUCGAACUUGAAUGUGUAGCCAACCAGGAUCCUGUUAUAAGGAUUGAUAACCAUGACUUCCACGUACUUGACAUCAAGAAUGAUACGAGAAUCAUGAGAAUUGCACGAAAAGAUCUUGAAGAAGACAUUUGUCCUGAUAGAUUUGGUAACACUAGCUUGAAUGAGGCUCUUUUCCGCUAUGGUCCUGACUUGCAAGCUUUCGUCCUGCUCUAUGGUUGUCCUUUCGAUAUACCCUCAGAAUGGAAAAAGUUUGCUUUUAGCUGCAAUAACACUGGAACCUCCAAGGUUGGUUUCUAUCCAGAUGAGUCAUUUUCAUCAUUUUGGGGACCAAAGUUCCCGAGUUGUGAGUUUAAGGUCGUUGUUCCUGUUGUGCAAAAGGAAUUUGAGCAGUUCGAGAACCAAGGAAGUACAAAAAUAUUGGAGCUAUUGAAGCAAGGGUUUGAUGUGGUUUACAACAAAAGCAUGUUAUGUACGGCUUGUGAAAGGUCAGGGGGCUUAUGUUGGUCAGAGACAGAUACUACAGAAGAAACGUGCCUUUGUCGAGACAGAACUUAUUCUUAUUUCUGCGGUUAUGGACAGGAGCAAGGAAAAAAAAGAGAUUUCAAAGUGAAAGUUGGCGUAGGUGUAGCUGCAGCUGCAUUCACUGCCCUUGUGGCAUGUGUAAUUUUCUUUCUCUAUCAUUGUCGGCAGAAGAAAAGCUAUGCUGGUUCGUCUUUUAUAUCCAGAAGCAUCCUUUCCUAUCCCUCCUCAAAAAUGGACCCUGAAAAGGCUUCGCACUAUUUAGGAGUUCACAUCUUCGACUACAAUGAACUGGAAGAAGCUACAAACAGUUUUGAUUCCAACAAAGAGCUAGGAGAAGGUGGCUUUGGUACAGUAUAUAAAGGUAAACUUCGAGAUGGGCGUGUUGUUGCUGUUAAACGUUUAUAUGAGAACAAUUAUAAGAGGGUUGAGCAAUUCCAAAAUGAAAUUGAAAUCCUCACUCGCUUGCGCCAUCAAAAUCUAGUUACCCUUUACGGAUGCACAUCUCGCCAUGGCCGUGAGCUUCUUCUUGUGUACGAAUAUAUUCCUAAUGGCACUGUUGCUGAUCAUCUUCAUGGAGAAUUCUCAAAGUCUGGAUCACUUUCAUGGAAUAAACGAAUGAGCAUUGCCAUUGAAACGGCAAGUGCGCUAGCCUUUCUCCAUAAUUCAGAUGUCAUUCACCGAGAUGUAAAAACUAACAACAUCCUCCUAGACAAUAAUUUCUGCGUCAAAGUAGCAGAUUUUGGCUUGUCUCGGCUUUUUCCAACUGAUGUUACACAUAUCUCAACAGCUCCACAGGGAACCCCUGGAUAUGUUGACCCCGAGUAUCACGAAUGCUAUCAACUCACCAGUAAAAGUGAUGUUUAUAGCUUCGGGGUGGUACUAAUCGAGCUUAUAUCAUCCCUGCCAGCUGUUGAUAUAAGUAGGCAUCGACACGAAAUAAAUCUAUCAAAUAUGGCAAUUAACAAGAUUCGGAGCAACGCCUUACAUGAGCUGGUUGAUUCAAAUCUUGGCUAUGAUUCCAAUGACAAGGUAAAGUUGUUGAUCACUGCCAUGGCAGAGUUGGCUUUCCAGUGUCUUCAGAACGACAGGGUUUUGAGACCAUCAAUGCCAGAGGUUUUGGAAGCUCUACUGGGAAUUCAGAGUAUGGAUAAAACAACGACAGAUAUAGGGAAGCCAAGUCCUGGUGAUGAUUCUGGGUUGUUAAAGAGUCACGCCUUAUCUCUCUCACCCGAUUCAAUUAUUUCAAAAUGGACUAGCAGUAGCAGCUCAAGAACACUUGCUUCCAGCACUGGCUAAGUUUAUGCCCUCAGCUUCUCUAGUUUAUGGUUUUCUUGAUAGUGAUUGUUGAGCCACCUGCUCUAUUGGUCACGGAAACCUGAACUUUCGUGUCUUUCCUUUGAGUACUUUGGAACUUUUUCUAUCUUAAAGAGGUUGUACAUAUCUCAUAUGCAGCAAUUAAUUUAACAAUACUAAUUCAAUUCAUUUCUUAA